AUGGAGGAGACAACAACGAGCCCGGAACUACUCAGCGAGGUUCGAGACGGAGUCACAGCUCAUUGCCUGUGGUUCAUCACGUCGGACUUGGAGACCAAGAAAGAUCUUCGGGACUGCAACUUCGUGCCUGCAGUCAAGUCCAAGGAGAAAAACUUGAACAGUCCGAGUGAAACCAAGAACAUACUAGGCAUGUUCACUUUUAAGGCCUACGAUGCACAAGGGGUGCCCCACGACGAAAGCAGGAUCUUCACUCAGCUCAAUCGAGUCGUGGAGAUGUCGCCUGAGAAGGAAGUUGGCGUCGCAAUUCUAACUGCGGAAGACAGGGACGUCUGGGCGAAGAUAUACGCCAGUAUUGCCCAAAAUGCUCAGAAUGCGAAGUCUCUGGAAGCGAUCAAGCGGGCUGCCCUCGUGGUGUGCUUAGACGGCGGGUUGGCAGAUGCGGAGCCCUACGAUGUGGCUUGGCCCCGGCAGGUAUACAGGGGCGGCCCGAACGCCGAAUAUGCAGCCAAUCGGUGGUGGGACAAGCCAGUUCAGGUGAUUGCGGGCGAAGACGGAGGGUCUGCGUUUCUGUGUGAUCACACAGUCGUCGACGGUACCGUGAUGGCUGGACUCACGAAUCACUGCUACGAUUAUGUCCAGAAGGCAGGGAGCUUCGAUGCAUCUGAAAGCAACGAGGAAGCUGCUCCUCAAAAGCUGGAAUUCGUUCUCGCACACGAUACCUUAGAAGCAAUAGAGAAGGCGACAUCUUUUCAAGCAAGGUAUUCCGACGACACUCAGAGGCUUCUAUAUACAUUUUCUGAGUAUGGAAAAAACUUCAUCCAGUCGUGCAACAUGAGCCCGGACGGCUACGUGCAGAUGGCCCUGCAACUGGCGGCUUUCAGGUAA